CUAGGUUGUAUCGUGACCGCUGGGCGCUGCUGAUCUAGAGCCAUCACGAUUCCAUGCGGUCAGAUCGAUGAUGAUCCUCUGUCCCAGAUCUUCCUGCCGACGUUGUUAAUAUGGCGGCCGCAGCUCCUCACGUCACGUUCCAUCUGGACUUCAUUGAUCUCUUCCGCAGCUUCAGCAUGAUCGAGACUUGCGAUGGCGGGUACCCGCGGGGAACUAUCUCUUUCCUAUCCAGUGGCACCCCAGGCCUCCAAGUCAUGUCCAAGAAGACCAGCGACCUUACACAUUCCCUAUCGAUCCCGGGACUCAGACUGAUUGGAUCCCCCGGUAACCCCUCGUGCAUCAUCGAUCACUUGGAAGAUGGUUUGUGUGAUGCAGCUCACCUCGUGGAUGUUAGAGGGGAUGACAAGGAUAAGGACGUAGACGACUUGCAGAAUGGCUUGUUUUUAUGCAAACUGAUUCCCCCUUCAUGGGGAUUUUUGCCGGUUUCAAACGUAUAUAUGACCUCAAAUGACAUUGACAAUAUCCCUCCUGCAAAUUCUAGCCUCAUACCGCAUGAUCUGGAACUUCCAAUGAGCGCCUUAGAACUCUACACUUCAGCCAUACCUGAUGGUAGUCUAGUCUACAUCGCGUCUCAUGAUUGGGUCCCGAACUUGCUUGCUGACGCUAUCUUCGCUGAAGUAAUGUGUAGGUCAUGGGGACUCCCAGGUUUCGUUGAGAAUAUGGUCCCUGACUGGAGCAUAUAAUUGAGGAUGAUUAACAAGCGCCGAUACGCUGCGCUCAACGGAGAUGUCGCAUGACCUCCUAUCCCUGUCAUAUCUUUGUAGUAUGAAUAGCAUCAAUCCGCAAAACGUGGAGACGGAACAGGAGGGCGUUGGUAAUGAAGCGGCGUGGUUCAGGAAAGCAUAGACCCCUCAGGUAAUAAUUUUAUCGCAGUCAAGCUUGUUAUGCUAGUGGACUCUGCUACGCUUUUCGUGGCCUCUUGUCAUUUCUUCCAUGUCGCCAUCUCUCGCAAGCCCACGCAGGAUUUCGUCAAUUUCUCGCAUGUCUCAGCCUUUCUUCUGCACUCUCCACCCAGUCCAUACGCAUUCUCCUAUUCAGCUUGUCCC